GGGGAGAUACCUAAUGAUUAAUGUCCUUUCGUCGUAUUCAGGUGCGCGCAGCGUACACGAACCGUUGACGCGUCCUGACGCUCCAUCUGCUGAUCUUGUCGCGAAAUAUUUAUCAACAACGACUUUGUCGAUUCCGUGACGGGAAAAACGUUUCCGACAAUCAACCCUUCGACUGGAGCCAAAAUUGCGGACAUACAGGAAGGAGACAAGGAAGACGUCGACAAAGCGGUGAAAGCUGCUCGAGCGGCGUUUGCACGAGGCUCCGAGUGGAGGACGAUGGACGCCUCGAAGAGGGGCAGACUCCUUCUCAGACUGGCGGACCUGAUGGAAGAGAAUUUGGAUUACAUCGCGAGCCUGGAAACCCUCGACAACGGCAAACCUUUCACGAGCGCCGUCGGGGAUACAAUGGCAGCCAUAGCCACCAUCCGCUACUUCGCCGGGUUUGCAGAUAAAGUGCAUGGAAAAACGAUACCCAUGGAUGGAAGCACGUUCGCCUACACACGUCGUGAGCCUGUCGGCGUCAUCGGUCAAAUUAUACCUUGGAACGUGCCUCUCUUAAUGCUGUCGUGGAAGCUGGGCCCUGCACUGGCCAUGGGCAAUACGGUGGUAGUGAAGCCGGCGGAGCAGACUCCGCUGACAGCACUGCUGGUGGCCAGCUACGUGGCCGAGGCCGGCUUUCCACCGGGCGUAGUCAACGUGGUUCCAGGCUACGGAGAGACAGCGGGCGCCGCCAUUUCCAGCCACCCGGAUGUCGACAAAGUGGCCUUCACCGGAUCCACGGAGGUUGGCCGACUGAUCUUGCAGGCUUCUGGCCAGUCCAACCUCAAGAAGGUUUCACUAGAGUUGGGUGGAAAAAGCCCCCUCAUCAUCUUCUCUGACGCAGAUUUGGACCUGGCCGCCAACCUGGCGCACGAGGCCGUGUUCUGGAACCAGGGCGAGAUCUGCUGCGCCGCCACGCGGGCUUACGUGCACGCCGAUGUGUACGACCAGUUUGUGGCCAAGGCCGUGGAGCUUGCCAAGAAGAGGGUGGUCGGGGACCCAUUUGACGAACGGUGCACACAGGGCGCUCAGAUCGACGAAGCCCAGCUGGAUCGUAUCCUUGGCUAUAUCGAGCUAGGACAAAACGAGGGCGCCAAGCUGCGCUGUGGCGGCCGCCGGCUCGGCACGCGCGGAUUCUUUGUUCAGCCGACCGUUUUCUCAGACGUUGAGGACGACAUGACCAUCGCCAGGGAAGAAAUAUUCGGACCUGUCCAGAGUAUCUUCAAGUUCAACACCAUCGACGAGGUCAUCGAGAGGGCGAAUGCCACUAACUACGGACUAGCGGCAGGAGUCGUCACAAAGGACCUCAACACGGCCACCAUUGUUGCGCAUGCUCUUGAAGCGGGCAUUGUCUGGAUCAACACCUACUUCGAAAUGGGACCUCACACUCCCUUUGGAGGCUACAAGAUGUCUGGAAUCGGUCGUGAAAUGGGCGAAGAUGGCAUCAUGGAAUACACCGAAGUCAAAUCGGUUGUGACAAGAAUUCCCGUGAAGAAUUCUUAAGCAAACGUUCUGGCCAUGCACAGCUGCACAACGCAAAGCUGCAACUAUGGGGAACUUUUGCACGAGGAUAUUGCAUUCGACGAUAAAAAAAUCGCAGUCUUGCACAUUUGCUAUCCACAAAUUUAGCACUGCUUUAGUAUCUGUGGUGGAGUGACCCAUGUCAUGGUCUCUAAAUAAAACAUUACGAAGAACUCACGCAA